UGGAACGUUAUUGUCCCCUUUACUCAACGUUAUAGUUUACGAACACAGAAAAGAGAUGGAACUUCAGCGGAUAUUAUCUGCACAGGACGCCACAAAUCCCUGUACCAUCUAUUUUACAGCACUCACUGGUCCGGGUGGAGACGAGGCUGUUGGGUUCGUGCGAUCCUUGCGGAAGGAAUACCUUUCAUGGAAAAUUCGCAUGAUAGUGUUCGACUCAGGUUGGGACGAUGAAAGCAUAAGACGGGCAGUUGAAGUUGUAUCAAAGAUGCACCAGGUGGAGACCGAGCUUGUGGUGGACACAUCCGGAUUGGUACAUGUCCCAAGAAUAACACCUUGCGAGGGUCCGAAGAAGGUCUCUCCUUUCAACUUCGACGAACCGUGGCGACUUGAGAAGUCGGUCAUUGUUCAUUGCUCAUCUCCCUCUUUGGAUGAUCAUUCUGCUGUCGUGCAUGUACAACGUAUCAGCCGAUCGGACGAUCAGAUAUGGACCUUUAUUGGCUCAUUGGACAGCUCGCACAAAGGCAUUAUGGGAAUAUCCACUUCCCCUGUUGGAAAUAUCAUUGUAUCGCCACUGGAUAGCAUGGUAGAUGCUCCAGUAGCUUGGAAUGCUGAUAUAUCGACGGCACCUGCUGUUCUCGUGUUUGCUAUAGCAGUCCUUGCUGUUGGUCCUACAUAUUUUGAGAACCCUGGAAGGUUUCGUGGAGAGAUUCUGGUGACACACGCAGAUUCUCAAACUGGCAUCCAGAUUGUUCAACUCUACCUUCUCCGGGGCUUUUGUGUUACUACUCUAAUGCAACAUGCGACGGACUCCGAAAUUGGCCGCCUCCCUAAUGGCCAUUUCAAUUUAAUUGUCUCUGAAUACAGAGACAUGGCAACACUCCACCUCUUAGCACGCCUCUUGACAGCCAAUGGGAAGACAUUCCCAUGGAAGCAUCCGACGAAAGGCUUGCAAUCGCUGCUUGCCUGUGACCCAUGGUUAAUUGGCCACGCUAUUCGUCUUGGAUCAGAUAUAGCUGGCAACAAGCUUAAGAUCCCCAUGCGCAGUCUCAGUGAGAUCAUUACUACCAAGCCUGGUGAUCCCAUCCAUGUGAAGAAACAUCUUUUCAGCGACAAGAAGGCUUAUAUACUGGUGGGAGGUGUCGGCAGCCUUGGGCUUCAGAUUGCCCAGUGGAUGUACAAGAAUGGCGCCCAGGAAAUCGUCCUGACUUCGCGUUCCGGGUGCGCUGGAAUUCAGCGCAGGGGAGACAUUGCAUCUCAGCGUAUCAUCGCAUACCUCAAGAGCCUAGCAGACUUGAAUUUACGCAUCGAUGCGAUUGAUGCCCUCUGCGAGCCCGACAUGAAAGCAUUGGUGGGAGAACUUCAGAAUCCGCUUGGGGGAUGCAUGUUGCUCUCCAUGGUUUUAGCAGAUGGUUUCUUUUCUGGGCUAUCGGUGAAGGACUUCAAUAUGCCAUUCGAUCCCAAGAUUGGAGCUUUCGAGGUGUUAUGCAACACAAUUGACAUAAACAAGCUGGAUUUCUUCAUUUCGUUUUCCUCAGUUUCAGCACUAUUUGGCAAUACAGGUCAAACUAAUUAUGCAGCA